CGGUUCACAGGAAAGCUACCUAAAAGGAGCGUUCGCUUUACCCUCACUAUAAAAUGCCUCUUGUUUUCUCUCAUUCCCACAAAAGACUCUUUCACCGAACCUCUCUCAAAAUGAAAACGGGUUUGAAACCCGACCCGAACCCGGUCGAGAGUAGUGAGAAUAAGUUUCGUUACCGAGGCGUGAGGAAACGUCCAUGGGGAAGAUUCGCGGCUGAGAUCCGAGACCCGGUUAAGAGAACUCGGGUCUGGCUAGGAACAUUCGACACGGCUGAGCAGGCGGCGCGUGCCUACGACGUAGCAGCACGAGGUUUUCGGGGCGCUAAGGCUAAGACGAACUUUCCGGCGUUUCUUGAGCUCAACGCGAAAGAAGGCGGUUUCCCUCGUAGUCCUAGUCAGAGUAGCACCGUAGACUCCGCCUCUCCCACGGCGGCUCAACUAGCUACACUUCCUCAGCUCGAGCUUAGCUUAGGAGGUGGUGGUGGUGGUGGAGGUGCGAGUUAUCAGGUUCCCGUUGCACGUCCUCUUUACUUCUAUAAAAUGAAAGCGUUUUCACCUGUUGCUACGUGUGGAGGUGAGAAGAAAUCUCAGCCGUUAAAUCUGGAUCUUAGCUUAGCUCCCCCGACGGCGGAAUAGGCCGUAAAGGUCCUCCUAGUAUCUUUUUCUAUCUAAGAAAUAUAUUAUCGAGAUAUUAGUAGUUAAAUAAACUGACCUGAGAAAGUCGUUAUGUGUAUAUAUUAUCAACGUAUAACAUAUGUUGUGAUCUUUCUUUUUCUCUUUGCAGCUGAUUUCUCAAAGUCGUACAUGUAAAACAAGCGUUACUACAUUUUCAAAAGUUUUAGUAUAUGCUAUAAAUGAUGAGUAAAUUGCCAAACAAUUUCUGGAAAAGGUGUGUCGUUGUCGUCUAUUUCAAAGGUAGACAAUUAAAAGGAUAAUUAUUAUAGUUCUUUUCGGGUCGUGUUAAAAAUUAUAUUUUAAUAAUGAAAACUAUAGUUGUAUAUUUUAUAAGAGAUGCAUAAAUAAAUAAAAUAAUUGUAGUAUCGUCGUCGGCUUGAAAACAAUGGACCAAGUGUCAUGCACACAAGCACCAGUCAUGGGAGGACCCCAUCUUUGGCUGCGGCGUAUUUUAGAAGAAUACUUCUUUACAGCUUUACGUCAU